AUGGAAAAUCUGCCGUCAUUCUACAAUGAUAAAGAACAAAACGGCCGGGUUGCUGGAAUAAAUGCCGAAAGUGAAGGGGAAUUCGGUUACUCAGCAUACGAUGGACCAUUAUCGGAUAACAAACUAUGGAAUGCACCAUUAUGUAAAAACGGAAAACAACAAUCACCAAUCAAUAUCGAUGCAGUACUCUUUGGUAAUUCAGUCAUUAAUGCAACAUCGUUUGUCAACAAUCUUCAACACGGCUACAAAUUGAAUGUGCUCAAUGAGGGAGCAACAGUCAGAUACACCUCACCCGAUCAGUCAUUAUUUAACUUCAAAAUGAUUAGAAAUGGCGUCGAAUAUCGAUUGGAUAAUUUCCAUUUCCAUACUCCGUCGGAACAUCGUAUUAAUAAUCGUCAUUCUGACACUGAAGUUCAUUUCGUAUUCAAAACUGAUGAAAGUGAAAAUGCCGAUGUGGCAGUUGCUGCGUUCUUGUUGAAUGUGAGUGAUGAGCCUAACGCCACUUUUGAUCAAAUCUUAGUACCAGCUCUUGUUCCAAAGGAAAAAGAUGAAAGUCUAACAAUUUUUGGUCCUUCGCUUGGAGAGUUCUUUGAUAAGAAUUUUGAGAAUCACAAUGUACAUCAAUAUGUUGGAAGUCUAACGACUCCGGAAUGCGCAGAAGGAUUGAAAUGGCAUGUUAGCGGAGUUGUUCAACCUAUACUUCUUAAAAAUUUCUUGAAUUUGCGUAGUAUAAUGGGAUUUAACGCACGUCCAGUUCAAGCACGUCCAGAUUUUGCCGGUCAAGCUGUAGGUGCCAGUAACGGACAUAAACAUUAA